GACGAGGGUCACGUGGUCAGACAGUCACGUGGCCCGAGUUUCUCCCGCUAAGUGAGACCAGAGUUCAGUGCGGCUGCGCAGUAGCGGGGAUGGGAGGGAGCGCCCUUCCAGGAGAUGGGUUGGCUGCAGUAGUGAGAGGCUGGUGGUGUGGCUCUUUCCUUGCAGUCCUGCGGAGGAAGCGUGCCUCCCUGGCGCUUCCUUCUUCUCUUCCGGCGGAGAGCUUGGGAUGUGAUAAUGCCAGCCACACUCCUCAGAGCUGUGGCCGGAUCUCAUCGUAUAUUAUCAAAAGCACAUCAGUGCCGAAGAAUCGGUCAUCUAAUGUUAAAACCACUUAAGGAAUUUGAAAAUACAACAUGCAGCACACUGACAAUACGUCAAAAUCUGGAUUUGUUCCUUCAUGAUAAAACAGCUGGUGGUUUGAAUAAGUCUCAGAUCCUGGAAAUGAACCAAAAAAAGUCAGAUACAAGCAUGCUCUCUCCAUUAAAUGCUGCUCGUUGCCAGGAUGAAAAGGCACACCUUCCAACCAUGAAAUCCUUUGGUACUCACAGGAGAGUGACCCACAAACCAAAUCUAUUGGGUUCUAAAUGGUUUAUAAAAAUAUUAAAGAGGCAUUUCUCACCUAUAUCGACGGAAACAUUUGUUCCAAAACAAGACUUCCCACAGAUGAAGAGACCACUAAAAGCAUCCAGGACCAGACAGCCAUCCAGGACCAACCUUCCAGUUCUGUCUGUGAACGAGGACCUAAUGCACUGCACAGCAUUUGCAACAGCAGAUGAGUAUCAUCUGGGAAAUCUGUCUCAAGAUCUGGCCUCCCACGGAUAUGUUGAAGUAACAAGCUUGCCUAGAGAUGCAGCAAAUAUUUUGGUGGUGGGUGUGGACAAUUCUGCAAAAGAAGGUGAUCCUGGAACAAUAUUCUUCUUCAGGGAAGGAGCUGCUGUGUUUUGGAACGUGAAAGACAAAACUAUGAAGCAUGUGAUGAAAGUUCUAGAAAAACAUGAAAUUCAGCCCUAUGAAAUCGCACUGGUACACUGGGAAAAUGAAGAACUUAACUACAUAAAAACAGAGGGACAGUCAAAACUUCACAGGGGGGAAAUCAAGUUAAAUUCAGAGCUGGAUUUAGAUGAUGCCAUCCUAGAGAAGUUUGCUUUCUCCAAUGCUCUGUGCCUUUCUGUAAAACUGGCAAUUUGGGAAGCAUCACUGGAUAAAUUUAUUGAAUCUAUUCAGUCAAUUCCUGAGGCUUUAAAAGCUGGGAAGAAAGUGAAACUAUCUCAUGAAGAAGUUAUGCAGAAAAUCGGUGAACUCUUUGCCCUAAGGCACCAUAUAAACUUGAGUUCAGACUUCUUGAUUACUCCUGAUUUCUACUGGGACAGAGAAAACCUGGAAGGACUUUAUGAUAAAACGUGUCAAUUCCUUAGCAUUGCCCGAAGAGUUAAGAGCAUAAUGCCCUCAACUUGGAUCCAUCCAAAUUGUUGCUUGUAUCAAAGUUCCUGUCUUCCUGUGGUUGCUGAAACAUUUUUUUGGUAUUUCAUUUUGAUGUUACUUUUUAGUAUAUCUUGUUGCAUAGAUAUUUAGUAGUUGCUCUGGUUAUUACAUCAUAUGUAUAUAAUUUAUUACAAUCUACUGAUUUCAACAUCUUGCAGAUUAAAUGAAGUAUAGAAUCUUUAUUUCCCUAAUGGAUGAUUGGAUGCAGAAAAAAAAAAAAGAAUCCUUAUUUCUUUUAUAUUCCUUUACCCUUCCCUAUUUAUAAUUUUCUUAACUAUUCUUCUGCAGACAUAGAAAACUUCAUCAGAUGUUAUAAUUUUUGCUUCAACCAUCAAACAUAAUUUAGAAAACUAAGAAAAGUCUGUUGUAUGUGCCCAUGUUUUUAUUCUUUCUGUUCUUUUUUCCUUCUGAUCUUCUAAGAUUUCUUUUACUGUUUUUUUUUUCAAGAACUUUGUUUAGCCAUUCUUUUAAGGUAAGUCUAGUGAGACAGAUUCUCUUAGUUUGUCUUCAUCUGAGAGUGUAUUAAUUUUCACUUCAUUCUUGAAGGAUAUUUUCCUAGAAAUAGGAUUCUACAUAGACAGUUUGCUUUCAGCACCUGAAAAAUGCCGUGCCACUUCCUUCUGACCUCCAUGGUUUCUGAUAGGAAAUCUGCCAUAAUUCUAUGACAUGUACGUUUUAUCUUUUAUUAUCAUUUCACAAGGUCUUUGAGGCUCUGUUCACUUCUUUUCCAGUAUAUUUUGUCUCUGUUAAGAUUGGGUAAUGUCCUUUGUUUCAUCUUCUAGUUGAUUGAUUCCUUCCUCUGUUACAUUCAUUCUGCUGCCCAUCCUUGAGUUUUUUAUUUCAUUUAUUGUAUUUUUCAGUUCUAAAAUUUCCAUGUUUUUUUGUUUGUAUCUUCUGUUUCUUUGCAGAGACUUCCUGCUUUUUCAUUUGUUUCAAAUGUGUUCAGAAUUGCUUGUUGAAUCAUUUUUAUGAUGGUUGCUCUAACAUCAUCUAAUAAUACCUAACCUCAGAUACCUCUUGAUGUUAGCGUCUACUGAUUGUCUUUUCGUAUUCCCUCCAACUAAUUUUAAUACCUCCAGUUUCCCUCAUUGCAUCAAGUGUUCUGGCUUGAUAUACAAGGUCCUUCCUAUUGUAUCCCUUUUUCAAUCAUAUUUCCUACCAAUCCCACAUUCACCUUCUUUCACAUCAAAAAUAAAUGACUAGCCUGGGAAACACAAUGAGACCUCAUUUCUACUAACCUUUUUUUUUUAAAAAAUUAGCCAGGUAUAAUGGCAUGUGCCUGUAGUCUCAGCUACCCUAGGAGGCUGAGGCAGGAGGAUUGCUUUAGCCCAGGAGUUUGAGGCUGCAGUGAGCCACUACAUCCCAGUCUAGGUGACAGAGUGAGACCCUGUUUCAAAAAAAUAAAAAUAAAAAAUACAUGAUUUAUAAUUUCAAAAACCUA